GAGAAUCCAAUGAAGCCAAAUGUUAGUGCCCCAAAAGAUGUUCUUUGGCCCCAAUUGGCAGCAUCGUGGUUAUCUGGAUGGCAACAGAAGAUAGGGAGAUGAUGGAAGCCCGGGGGGCAGGAGAAAGCUGCCCAACCUUCCCCAAGAUGGUGCCUGGUGAUUCCAUGUCUGAAGGAAAGUCAAAGGCUCCUUUGGAGGCAGAGUCCUUGAAGCUAGAUUCCUCCUAUGACCACCUGGAGGAGAUGGAAACUUGUGAGGGUGGAUGCUGCUCAGGGCCACCUAAGUCACUGACCCCGAAGGCUGGCCCCACCACCAAGGGCCAGGCAGGGGAUGGACCAGAAACCGUGGAGCAGCCCUCAUCACCAGGGACCCAGUGCAGUGCUGAAAUGGAGCUGGAGAAGAUGCGCAUGGAGUUCGAACUCAAGCGUCUCCAGUGCCUGCACGAGGAGAACGAGCGGCAGCGGCAGCAUGAGGAGGUGAUGGAGCAGCUGCAGCAGCAGACAGCGCCCCGCCUGUUCUCAGGAGGCUUCCAGGACCUCCUGCUCCCCCAGAACCAGUUUGUCAUGUUCCUGUACUGCUUCAUCUUCAUACACAUAAUCUAUGUCACCAAGGAGAUGAUCUUCUUUCUCUUCUCCAAGCACUACCUGUUCUGCAUCGCGGCCAUUUUGCUCUGUUUGAUUAAAACUUUAUGGUCAUACUUCCAAGUCCUAGGUGGUCAGUCCACAGCUGAUGAAUCUGCUCUAGGAAGUCAGAGGACCCAGGCUCCUGGUUUCUCCACUAUUCUUAACACAGCUUUUGUCUUCAUCUAUGACUUUCAGGCUCAUGUUCUCAACAUCCCUGCCACAGCUCUAGACCCCACAUUCACAAGCCCAGGUUGA